UCAACCUUGAUGACAACGACCAACGAUUGGACUGUCCGCGUCCAAGCAAAGAUCGCGCAGGUGCUGGCAGAGGAAGACUUCAUCGUCCCCGAAACCCAAUUCUCCUCUAUAACAGAGCCAAAUGCGACAUUUGCCCUUGCGAUAGAUCACACGCUCCUCAAGCCAGACGCAACUCAAGAACAAAUCGCCUCGCUAUGCGACCAGGCCAUCAUGAACAAGUUCAAGUCGUGUUGCGUGAACGGAGCGAAUGUUUCUCAAGUUGCUGAACGACUGCAAGGGAGUGGAGUCCUGACUUGUGCUGUGAUUGGAUUCCCGCUAGGCGCAGGGACAUCAGCGUCUAAAGCAUUUGAGGCUGCCGACGCAGUCAAAUGUGGGGCCCAGGAAAUCGACAUGGUCAUCAACAUCGGAGCCUUGAAAGCCGGCCAAUACGAGUCGGUGUUCAACGAUAUAUUCGCCGUCGUGGUUUCUGCCAACGUGCCAGUGAAGGUCAUCAUCGAAACGGUAUUCUUGACCGACCAGGAGAAGGUCGCAGCAUGCUUCAUUGCUGCUGAGGCUGGUGCUGCAUUCGUCAAAACGUGCACAGGUUUCUCUGGCGGAGGAGCGUCGAAGGAAGACGUCCUUCUCAUGCGUAAAUCUGUUGCGUACAAGGCCAAUGUCAAAGUUAAGGCUUCCGCUGGGAUCCGUAGUUUCGAUAAGUGUCUCGAAAUGUUUGCGGCUGGGGCGGAGCGCAUUGGAACCUCAUCUGGUGCUGCAAUCAUGCAAAGCGUAGAAGCAAGCUCCGCAACCUACUGA